UUACGUCAUGUAUAAAUCAAAUGCAUUACUUGAAGUUUUCUUUGCCAAAAUACAUUAUGGAAACCUUAUUAUCUUUCAUUUCUAUAUAUUUACCCAUAUUUCAACUAUAGUGUAAGGGUACUCCAUUAUAUGGAAAACAAGACAGGAACUUUCCUUUCACUUUCUUCUUCUUUAAUCCACCAAAAAGCUGCUUUUUCUCAUCAUAAAUUUCCCCAGUCAGUCUCGGCUUUCCUCUUUGCAACUUCAUUCCUGUUACAUAUCCACAGGAAGAGAAGUAGCUUAAGUGGAAAUAUUUUCCAUAGAAAUCAAUUCCUUUCCCUCUAAUGUGCCAGCGCCAGAGAAUUACAGGAAACAACACCAUAGUCCUGACCAGCACCUUUUAAAUCAAGCUCACAUUCUCACAUGGGCUCUCUCCUUUCUUUCUCCUUGAUAAUUCUGCUUUCCUUGGCAUCCAUCAGAAUUGAAGCUCAAAAGAUCAAGUCUGCCCGUCUUCUCGAUCUUGUCAUUAGAGAUUACACGUUCAAGUCCUAUGACACACACGUCAGGACAGGUAUAAUACACACUGUACAUUUGCCUACAAACUUCUCUGGAAUCAAAGUGGCCACUGCAAGGUUCCGAUGUGGCAGUCUUCGUAGAUAUGGUGCUCAGGUAAAGGAAUUCCAUUUGGGUAUUGGUGUAAUUGUGAAGCCAUGUGUAGAGAGAGUGAUGGUAAUUAGACAAAACUUAGGACAUAACUGGUCUUCUAUAUAUUAUUCCAACUAUGAUUUAUCAGGAUAUCAACUUGUGUCACCUAUUUUAGGCCUUUUAGCUUAUAAUGGUGGUAGUGAUGUGAAUUUUAGCAACCCUUUUGAGCUUGGAAUCCAUGCUGGAGAAAAACCAAUUACUAUAGACUUUACCAAUACAACCAACCAAUCAGGAAUUAGGCCACUCUGUGCUAGUUUUGAAAAUGAUGGCAAGGUGACACUGAAAAACCCUGCGUCUCAUCAUGUUUGUGUAGUCAAAAGGCAUGGCCACUACGGUUUGGUGAUCGAGUCGCCUCCACCACCAGUUGGAGCACCAGGUCAGCCAAGAAAAAAGAUCAGCCCGUGGAAAGUGGUGGUGGGCAGCACUGUUGGGACUGCCUUGGGUAUAUUCCUAUUGGGCUUGCUUUUGGUGGCAAUGUUUGUUAAGGUAAAGAAGAAAGCAAGAAUGGAAGAGAUGGAGAGAAGAGCCUACGAAGAGGAAGCUCUGCAAGUAUCAAUGGUCGGCCAUGUGAGGGCACCAACGGCAUCUGUUACUCGGACCAUGCCUACAAUUGAACAUGACACGAGUAGGCAUGUUAGAAGGAACAUUGAGAAAAGAAGAAGAAGAAGAUGUUGGAAGCUGCUUUCCUGUCAGUGGCUGAGUCAAAUCUCGUGCAUGAACAGAGUGACUUCCGGUGGUUAAACACAGAACCCGCAAUUUAUGGAAAUUGAUGCUAGAAGCUUCGAUUGUCUCUGUCUUGGCCCCGACAUUCUUAGAAAUAGAAGACAUACCCUGGUGAGAGAGACAUGUAAUCAACGUUAGUGUUUCAUGUUUUAGAAUAAUUUUCCUAUAUUUUGAUUAAGAAUGAAUUUAUUGCCUUCAAAGUCUCAAGAAAAAGAUAGUUUUAAGCUUUAAAGAAAAGUCAAUAGUUUUAAGCUUUAAAGAAAAGUCAUUUCAGAAAGUGUGGAAAGGAUAUGCGUUGGCCCAUCUAAAGAUGAAAAAGGAAGAAAGUAACGUGGCUUAGAAAGCAUCUGUAGUUGAUUAUAUACACCUUGCGAGUUCAGGUUAAGAAUGACUAGAAUAUUAGGAUUAAGAAC